UACAGAUAGUGAUAAAUCUAUACCAACACAGACAUGGCGUUAAAGCCGACAACGUGCAAGGAGGCUAUAGCCCGGUGGGAAAAGGAGAAGGGGGAAGCUGCUGCUGAUGCUAAGGUGGUCGAGCUACAGUUCCAGUGGCCACCGAUUGAGAAAAUGGAUGGUGCUCUUUCCACUCUUGUGAAUUGCGAGAAACUCAGCCUGUCCUCGAACAUGAUCGACAAAAUAGUAGGAAUCGCUGGUAUGCGAAAUCUAAAGAUAUUGUCGUUGGGGAGAAAUUAUAUAAAGUCUUUUUCCGGCAUAGAAACUGUAUCUGAAACGCUGGAAGAGUUGUGGAUAAGCUACAACCUUAUUGAUAAGAUGAAAGGGAUCGGAGCAAUGAAGAACUUGCGCGUGCUCUACAUGUCCAAUAACACUAUCAAGGAAUGGAUUGAAUUUAACAGACUUCAGGAUUGUCCAGCACUGAGGGAUCUAGUUUUUAUUGGAAAUCCAUUAUGCGAAAACCAACCCGAUGUUGAAACAUGGCGAAAUCAGGCAUCGAACAGACUUCCCCAAAUAACAAAGUUGGACGGUAUUCCUAUAGUCAGAGACACAGAAUAA